AGCAGGUCGCAGAGUUGCUAUGGUUACAGGGUAAACACAGUGAAUGACUAUACGGAGCUGCUCCAUAUAGUUACUAUGGCAACAGGUAAACAAGAAGCUCAGAGACAGAGGGGUGUAAAUGUCUGUCGGAAGAAAAGAAAGAGCAGAGGAAGAGAACAAGGACGGACUUUCAGACAAAGAGGAGAUGAGGAGUGUUGAAGAGGAGGACUUUGAAGAGGCGAUGAGGGAGGCUGCCCCUUCCACUACUUCCAGAAGAAAACCUGGACCAUGUAAAAAACAAAUCGUCCCCAAAAUCCCGGAGGCAGUGGAAGACUUUCUGAGGAACUUUCUCCAGCGAUCCGGCCUGAGCCGGACUAUGAACAGCUUUGAGGCAGAGUGGUACAGCUCAGCGCAGAAACUCAUGACUGAAACUCUGGCGAUGGCAGCGACAGGAGUCCUGUUCAUUCCUGAUGCUCUCACACAUAGGCAGCUCCUCCAGAGCGAGCUGGAGACAGCCCACAGAGAGACCGACCUGCUCAGACAGGAUGUGCUGCUGGCAGGAGAGGGCCUAGUGAGGAUGCAGAGGGAGAGGGGUUUCUACCGGCUACAGUACAGACGAGUCGCGGAGGACAAAAACAGGCUGAUGGAGGACUUCAAACAGCUGAAGAAACACCUGGAGUCCUACAAGCUGGCACUGAGGCAGCUGGAGGACAAAUAUCAAGCUGCUCUGGGGCAGAAAAUGCUCAUCAGUUUAAAAAAGGAUAGAGUUCAAAACACCACAGACAUAAGAAUGAAUCAAGAAAAAUCCCAAAUCAAGAAAGAGAGAAGCAUGAAAAGGAGCAGCAGCGCUGAUAACUCAACAGCAACAAGCACCAUAAGCACACAAUCAAAGGACACAGAGUUUGCUGCCUGCAGCAGGCGGGUACACCCUUUCCUGCCUCAGAAAUGGAAAAGCCCCAGUUCCUUCAGCCUGUCCUACUCCAUCAGAGCCCACAAGCUUCCCAUCAGCUGCAUUGACCUCCAUCCACGAAAACUGAUCCUCGCUUCCGCUAGUGAUGACCGCAGCUGGAAGCUGUGGGUGCUGCAAGCCAACGGAGAGAAGGUUGGUCAGAUGGUGAUGACAGGUGAGGGACACUCUGAUUGGCUGUCUGGCUGCAGCUUUCACCCUGAUGGAGCAAAACUAGCAACAAGCAGUGGAGACUCUAUGGUACGGCUCUGGGAUUUCUCUCGGAGCUGCUGUGUGUUGACGCUGCCCGGUCACAGCCAGCCCACCUGGGGCUGCUCCUUCCACUCCUGCGGUCAUUUCCUGGCUUCCUGCUCUGCUGAUAGAACUGCCAAGCUGUGGGACCUAAACAGCCAGCGCUGCCACCUCACACUGCGCCGCCACACCGCCUCCGUCAACAGUGUCUGCUUCCUGCCCUUCUCCAACCUCCUCAUCACCUGCUCAGCUGACAAAACCCUCGCCAUGUGGGAUGCCAGAAUGGGUGUCUGCACCGCUACCUUCCAUGGACACCAGCACCCCUGCAACCACACCACCUUCAGCCCGGCAGGCAAUGUCAUGGCCUCCUGUGACUCCUGUGGCAUCAUCAAUCUGUGGGACAUCAGGAAACCUGCGUUGGCAGUGGCCAUGGUAGAUGCCGGGCCACUGGCCGCCAACCGGGUGGCGUUCAACCCAUCAGGGAAGACGCUGGCUGUCGCCAGCACGGACUGUCUGGUCAGAGUGGUGGAGGUGGAUUCCUGCGUGACAAGCAGCCUGUUGGGACACAGUGAUAGUGUGCAGAGCGUGACGUUCAACCACGGGGGGGAGACUGUGAUUUCAGCAGGAAGUGAGGGGGUGAUUAAUGUCUGGGCAUGA